GUUAUAAUAAAUAUGAAAUUUCUAGCUAUAGCUAUCUGUGUUUCCCUCCUAUUCUCCUCUGUUUCAUGCGAACUAGGCAUUUUCAAGGUGUUUGAAAACUUUAUGGGAAAAGAAGAGAAGGCCCACAAGCCUGGAGAUAUCGAAAUCUUGUCCUCUCCCAAUGUUCCAGAGGCUAUCGGAACUUACAGUGCAGGAACCAAAGUCUACUACAAUGGAUUUUCGAUUAUUGAAACUUCUGGGCAAAUUGGACUUAACCCUGCAACUGGUGAACUCGUUGAAGACUUUGAAGGUCAAGUUGAGCAAGCUCUUAAUAAUCUUAAGCAUCUUAUUGAAGACAAUGGAGGCAGCUUAGACAGAGUUAUCAAGACUCAGAUAUUCUUAUCGGAUAUUGAUAACUUCAAAGCUGUUGAUGCUAUCUAUGCUAAAUAUUUCACAAAAGAUUUCCCAGCUAGAGCCGCAGUUGCAGUUAAGGACUUACCAAAAUUAUGCUAUGUUGAAAUCAUGGCUGAGGCUGUAGUACAAGAUCAAGAAUCUGGAUAA